AUGGAGGUAUUAUUGUCGGGUGGGGUACUUGAGACCACGUUUUACGUUCGAUUUAUCGACACCAAACAAAAAUGGGCUGUCAGCAUUACGCUUCUGCAGGCAUUUAUCAAAUUAUUUCUAAAUCCACAACAGUCUGAACCGACCAAAGGUGAUUUUGAUACUUUGCUUGGGUCAAGAAUUUAUACGGGAAUAAUAUUGACUUAG